AUGGAUGCUGUCCCAGGCAGGAAGGCUUCCAAGGCAACAGCCUCGGCCCCUGAUCCCACAUACUGCCAGCCAUGCGCAGAAGACAGUAAACAAAUACUUCCCGAAGCCUUCUGUCCCGACUGCAAGGAGUUUCUGUGUUCCACAUGUGCCCGAGUACACAGAAACAUGAAGCUGACCAAGAGCCACGUCCUCCAAGACAAGAGCAGUAUGCCAUCCUCAUUCCGUGGCGCAGAGAGUGGGGAGGAGAAUUUUAAAGAAAAAUGUCAGCGCCAUGCUAAAGAGUUCAUAAAAUACUUCUGUCCGAACCAUGACGAACUCCUGUGUGGAGACUGCGUAGUUGAGAAAAUGCAUCGCUCCUGUAAUAUUGACAAGAUUUCGCAAGUGGCGAAACGAUACAAUGAAGGCGCGGAAUACAACAGUCUGAAGACAGGACUUAACCAGAUGAUCGGUGACAUUGGCGAGCUAUUUAACAAAAUAACGGCGAGCACGAAAUCAAUUGAUGAAGAAGGUCUUACCAAUAUCAACGAGCUUCGCAAGUUCAGAAAUGUAAUUAACCAAUACCUUGAUAAAAGGGAAAGAGAACUUCUAGCAGAAAUUGAAGAGAAGAAAAGGAAAUCCAAGUUGCUUCUAGAUGAACAGAAGUCGAAAUGCCAAGACAUGAAAACUAUCUGUGAUAACUUUAUAUCCAACCUUCAAACCCAAGAGUCCAACAACAUCCAGCUGUUCAUUUCAGCAAGAAAGGCCUUGAAAGAGCUGACCAGUCUCCAAACAACACUGAAUGACGUCUGCAACAAGAGCAGAGUUCCCCGGUACCAAUUUCGCAGGGAUCCAUCUACUGAACAGUUGUUGGCCUCCAUCACAGCGAUAGGUAGAUUGGAAAAGAUGGAUUCAGCUUCAACUAGUGAGCAGCAGAACCGGCAACAGGAACUUAAUCAGCAACAACAGCAACAAGCAGCACUGGUACACUCGACACCCCUGAAAGGAUCACGGAUGCAGAACGGCCAGUAA